UGAACUUUUGGCGGCACCGUCGGUCCCUUUGAAGUAAGCUACAUUUAGCCCGGUUCAAGUGCUCAGAGCUACUUUAAAAGAACUAUGAAUGAAGAAGCAGAAAGCCUUGUUUGGGAGUCACUCUUCUCCCCUGGAAAGAAGAAAAAAAAAAAAAGAAAGUCAAAUCAUGUCACUCCAAAGUAUUGACCCAAAAAUCUGAAGACAGCACCCCAAGAAAGAAAAAGAAGACUGCAAAAUCCAAGGAAACAACAGACAAAAGGAAGGCAAAGAGGAAAGAAAAGAAGAAAAACAGAAAAGAUAAACUCUCCAGACUACUCAACAGUUUGGAAAAUGAUUUUGUAGAUGAACCAGAAUGUGCUGAGAAUGUAAUAUCGGAAAAUACCACUAAAGAGCCCAAGAAAAAACAGAAAAAGCAGGUAGCAUUUGAUCUACCGCAUGACAAAUUUCAAGUUAAACGCCCUAAAUUUUCAUCAUCUUUACUAUCACCUGUACAUGAUAGCCCUGCUCCUGUCAGCACCUGUCAGGAAGACACAGAAGUCACUGAAGCAAGCCAAUAUCAAGCCAAAAACAAUGACUCCCAAAGCACUAGUGAGGACAUGCAUAGCCAAGACCUGUUCAUCACUCAAAAGACAUUCAGGCUUCCACCAUCAGAGCUGUCCAGUGGGGAGACCAGUGACAGAGCAGAGGACAGCACAAAGGGGAUGGAAAUCUAUAUUAGAGAAACUAAAGAACAGAGUGUUUUUUUUAAGACUAAAAAAAAAACCCAGUUAUAUCAAGGAAAUACAAAAAGCAGUCCACCAAAUCCUUUCCUGGAUGAGCCCAUUGUGGUGACCAGCUCCCUUGAUGAAGACGAGGCUAAAGAGAGGGUAGUAAAUACGAAGUCUAUGAAAAGUGUCUUCACUCAAACAGAAAACUUUUUCACCACAGAUCUCAGGCUUUAUUUCAACUUCUGUAAGAAAAGCCAACACCAAGCACAGUCAGAGGAGCUAAAACCGCUUGACCUGUGUCUGCCAAAUAGAGCCAGGAGAGACAGUAAAACAUCCAACAAAGAUCAACACGAAGAAGGUAGUGGAAAAAACGUCACAGAAGUCAGUGCAGGAGGAUGUGGUGAGCUGUCCAUGUGCGCACAGAGGAAAGGGGAGCAGAUCCCCAGCCCAGAGUCAGAGAGCGACAACAAGUCUGCAGAUACGACUGUGUCCAGUGAGGACGCCGAGGGGCCGAGCCUCGCCAGACUGGAGGUCAUGCAGGUUCGUGCUGUUCAGAUGAGACUCAAUGAAUCGUUCUUCUUUAAGCCAAAAGGAGAAGCCCCUUCGCCCAGAUCCGAGUCUCCACUCAUGAAACUGGUCCAGGGCCGAGAGCUCAAGAGCCACAAGAGCCGCAAGAGCCACUGAAGAAAACUCAGAAAACAGCCUUAGGUCACUGAAGAAGACAUGAGAUCAGUCCACUCACUGAGACACGACAACAGCGCUCAGGAGACAGCCUUACAUCACAUUCUCUUUCACACGUUUAUGCAGUGUUUUUGCAUUUUCUGAAGCCAAAUGUAAAAUAGUUGUACAAGUUAGACACCGCUUUGGGUGAGAUGUUUAAGUGUGAAUGUUUCAUAACAUUUUAAAGUUUCAUCUAGAUUAACUUUAUGGCCAUAAAUGUGUUAGUACCUUUUCUCAGAACUCACUUAAUUUUUGUUGUCAUGUGUUUAAAAUGAACAGAUUAGGGUUACUUGUU